GCUUCCCUUCAUCAAUUUUCAUCCGAUUCCCGUCCACUUCCUUCAACACAUUAUACCCGCAUAUUUAUCAGUGGAUUAUUUCUUAUAUCUGAGGCCUUGGGAUGGAAAAGCAUUGUUAGGGCACCUGCAUUAAGGAGAGCGGCUAGAGUUGUGAAGUGAAGCUUGAAAGCAGAGAAGCAAUCAUGUCGAAUCACCAACCUCAGAGUGCCGGAAAUGGGCCGCCUAACGCAGGCAUGGGCAUGCAGCAUGGACAGCCCCCGCCUCCACCGACACAGAACAUGAGCCAACAGAACUUAAACCAGAUUGUCAUUGAGUACCUGGUGAAGAAAGGAUAUAAUAGAACCGAGCAGAUGCUGCGGUUGGAAUCAUCGAAACUUGAUAGAGAAGGGAGACCUAUCCAAGAACGAGCUGAAGACGGCGGUACCGAGAAGUAUGCCACGGCGUACAAAUUAUUGAGUACAUGGAUAAAACAGAACCUCGAUAUCUAUAAAAACGAGCUUCGACGUCUUUUGUGGCCAAUAUUUGUUUACUCUUAUCUGGAGCUGGUGGUGAAUGGUUACUCGCAGGAUGCAUUCUACUUUCUAACGGAGUUCGGGCCACAAUUCAAAGACCAUCAUAGUGAUGAACUUCAGACUUUCGAAACCGUCACGCUUCCGCAGCACGUGUUCGAUAAUCCUACCGCGAAGCUCUAUCGCGGAACAAAAUAUCGCUUACCUCUCAACACCCACGUCUACUACAAUCUUUUGACCUUCCUCGAAACCAACGCAAAAGCGGGAGGAACUGUCAUCAUAUACUUGUUGCAGACGUACUGCGAGAUACGGGAGACUGCUCGAGGUCCAAUUGACCAAUACAGCUUCGAAGCCAUAAUCAAUCAAGCCCGUGGGACCGACGAGGAACCCGAUCUAGAAGAAGGCAUCCCGGGGGCAUUCACCGGUGUCACUAACAAAGACAUCAUGAAUAACAAGGCGGUUCUUAAGCUUGGCAUGAUGCCGAUGGACUACGAACUUGCACAAGAUGUGCGUAGUGAAUUAGAAGAAGAAGACAUCAAACACCCGCCCGAGUUUGGCAAGCCUUCCUAUGUCGAAGAGUUUGAUCGCACGAUAAAACGCGAGGAGAGCGUUGAUGCGCCAAGCAGGAACGAGAUCCCACUGCCACCUUCACGAGCACGGGACGUUGUUAUGGAGGUCCAGAAGAUUAAGGAGAGCCGCGAUCGGUUCAAGAUUGAAAGCCGUACUGGUGGAGUCGGUCCUGCGGUCUCUGUUUGCAUGUUCACGUUUCAUAAUACCCUUGACAGUAUCACAUGCAUUGAAUUCUCAGAUGACACCAACCUUGUCGCUGUUGGAACAGAGGAAUCUUACAUUCGAGUCUGGCACCUGCAUGGCGAUCCUCUUCCGUCUGUCAUCAAGUCUUCUUCCAACGAUCCACCAUCCAGUUCACGUCGACUCAUUGGCCAUGCCGCACCGGUCUAUAGUGUUUCAUUCUCUCCCUCAAUUGCUGGCCCCGAGAAUGCUGAUGCAUCUACCCCCUCUACUGCCCCGAAGCAGCUCCUCUCAUGCUCUUCCGACAAGACUAUCCGGCUCUGGUCUCUCGAAGCAUGGACUUGUUUGGUCGUUUACAAAGGGCACGAAGGUCCGGUCUGGAAUGUGCGCUGGGGACCAUUCGGUCAUUACUUUGCCACCUGCGGCUGGGAUAAGACUGUCCGAGUUUGGGGUCAAGAUCACAUAUCCUACCUUCGGAUGAUGGUUGGCCACGAUACGAAUGUUAACCAAGUCGCAUGGCAUCCCAAUGGUGCAUACGUCUUCUCCGCCAGCGAUCAAGCUGAUAAGACCGUCCGCAUGUGGUCUUUCACGACAGGCCAAUGUGUUCGAGUCUUCACCGGCCACACCGAUUUUAUUAGUGCCCUUGAAUGCAGCCCGAACGGCAAGAUUCUUGCUUCAGCAGAUGCUGGCGGUAGCAUCAUCCUCUGGGACCUCGCCAAAGGGACAAUGAUCAAGCGUUGCAGAGGACAUGGCAAGGGUGGUAUUUGGUCUCUCUCAUUCAGCGUCGAAUCCACCGUUCUCGUAUCUGGGGGUGCAGACGGAACUGUUCGAGUGUGGGAUGUCGAGGUGCCAGCCGACCCCUACAAGAAUGGUGAUGGUGAGGUUAUCGGCACGGGCGGUCAAACGGAUGCUACCCGACUCACCGGUGCGGCAGGCACAAGUCAGACAACUGCUGCGACUGGUGCUGGUGGCAAGAAGAAGGGGAAGGACACUACGAUUACUCCGGAUCAGAUUAGUGCUUUCCCGACGAAGAAGAGCCCAGUCUACAAAGUCAAGUUCACGAGAAUGAAUUUGAUCAUGGCUGGUGGUUGCUAUUUGCCUUAAGCAUGAUUUCUAUUCGUCUUAAGCUUCUGGGUCAUCGAGGAAUUGACAGGGCUGCUGGGAGUUUCGUGGCAUUGAGAUAGUUAGGAUGGGUGGAGAUAGGAUCGUUGGCGUACAUACAUCAGCUCAUGAUACCAGGAAGCGGUCAUAAUCUGCUGCAUAGUGGGAAAUAAAAGUUUGUCAUACAUAAAGGCC